CGCGGCUACUUAACCGCUUCGCGCGUCCCGCCUCCGGGAUUCUGUUUUUCUUCUCUGUAGCAUGUGCAUGCAAUAGCUCUCGUCAUGCGGUGGCGGGGUAAUAGGUUUCAGUGGGAAGAGGGAUUGGAGGGGCUGGAACAUCUUACGCAUAACACGCUUUUUGGGAUGCUGGCUGUGGGGGCGGUGUUGGAGGGGAGAGGGGCUAAUCAAAAUCAAAAUAAAGCGGUUGGCGGCGGCGGCGACGAGGAAGUGAUCCAUCCGCCGGUUGUCUGUCCGCUGUUGUACAGCCCUGUGUGCGCCGAAGACCAUUCGGGCGCGAAGAACACCUUCGACAAUGACUGCCUCCUCACGGCCAGUACCCGCCGACGCCAAGACGGCUUGCGUAAACUCCACGACGGCGCGUGCUAAGCUGUGAGUGACAAAUAGGUGGCAGUACAAUGUGCCUUUUGGGGGAUCUACAAUUACACUGGAUCACCUAGAACGCCAUUUUCUAUUGCAACUACCACCGUUGAGGGCCUGGACAUUUUUCAUCUGGUUCAAGCGAACAAUGCUAAGUCACGAAAAAAAGUGCAAAUACAACGACAUGUAAAUAAAAAAAAUAGCAUGUUAAAAUUAUCUGUGCUUCUGCUAUGUUGAAAUAAACUUGGCAUCUGAAUAUUAUAUAAUAUGUUAUUCUUUAUGGUAUAUCCAGUUCCUUUUCUUCCCGAGAACUUUCCUUAUAGGUAUCGCC